UAUAUGCCUAUACUGUCUACUGAAAUUUGUAAGUUGCUACCUUCUGAAUAAUCUGAACCACAAUCCAUCAAAUGGGUUCUUGCAUUAGCAAAUGCAGACCCAAGAAACAUUCCCUAGAAGAUUUUAACAAUGUCCAAGACAAGCUUGUAAUCUCACAAGCUCCCAAAAUUCCUAUUCCUUCCUCAAACAAAAUUUCUCCUUCUCCUCCUUCCCCUACUAGUUCAACUUGUUCCAUUUCUUCUGUUACAUGUGCCACUAGUAACACUACGAGCUCAACAUCAUCCUUGUCAACUGCAACUUCAGCCUUGAGCUCCAAGGAUAGAUCAUUCUCCAAUGACUUCUUGUGGUCAUGUGUCAAAGAGAAUCCACAUGUAGUUCGCAUCAAUUCACUCAGGGAAAACGCUCGCUCGCUAGCGUCCACCAAAGCUCAUGUCCAAAAGUCAGAUUUACUAGCAAAAGCAAUCGCGGAAUUGGAGAAACAAUCACUCAGAGGGAAGGUAGUUGGGUCUCAACUGCAGAAGAAGAGAGUUCGGUCAAGCUCACCGGCUCCUCUAACACGACAGAAGAGUUUUCGGAAGGAACCCGAGAGGCCUAAUGCUGCAUAUUCUCUACCGAGUAGAACAUUGAGGUCACCCUCUCCUAGCCGAAGAUUUAAUGGUGAUAGAUAUGGUAGAGUUUUGAAUAACACUACAAUGGAAAGUCAUUCAAAGCGUAUGCUUGGUUCUAAGUCCAAUUCAGUUAGCAGUGUUUCCUCAUCAGUGAAGAUGGAACAUCUUAGGCCAGCUAGUCCUAACAACAAUUCAAGUCGUCUACGCCCUUGUUUGAGGAAUAGGGAGACAUGCAUUCAUCGAAUUAGUUCUAAAAUAGAUGAAAUCGCAGUUAUAAAAGCACUGUCUCAGAAUGACGUCGACUCUAUUCCCUUGGAGGAUAUUGAUAAUCCUCUCAUCGCCUUGGAUUGUUUUAUCUUUAUUUAAAUUUAGUGUGCAUGCAUAUGGAUAUAUAUAUAUAGUCAUACAAUUCUUUCUUUUUUCCUUUUAUUAUUUAUCAUGGCUUCGUUUAUGAGCAGGUUUGAAAAUGAUCAACUGGAUCAAAUUUCAUUUUUCUCUGUGUUUGUUGAGAUUAUAUGUAUUUUUCCCAAUUCUCUGUUUUAAUAAUUCUUUUGUGCAGAAACAUGUUAUAUGUACUACAAUAUAAUAAUGUUACAAGUUUUGUUAA